UCUCCUCUUAAGUCCUUACCUGAAUUUUGGACGGUGGAUGCUUUUGGGAACUGUGACCAAAAAGAGAGAAAUGAGAUGCUAAGGAACACUUCUCUCUUUCCCUCGGUGCUCUUUCCCUUUCUCUGCCGUUUUGUUCCCCCCUCUCUCUCCUUUUGCUUCCAAAGCACAGAUCAGCUCGUUCCGCUGAACUCCUACACACACACACACACACACACACACACACACACUGCUUAAGUAUAAUCUGAAUCUCCGAAUGAGAUGACGCACGCCGGGGAAAGCAGCUGAGCGCCUGUAUUCCAUAUGGAAUUGAACUGAAGUCAAGCAGUUUUUAGAAGAGCUGUCUUCUUCCAUCAGAUCCAUCAUGGCUGCGGGUGUAGCAGCAUGGCUGCCCUUUGCCAGAGCAGCUGCCAUAGGAUGGAUGCCAGUUGCCAACUGUCCGAUGCCACUGGCCCCAACGGAUAAAAACAAACGACAGGAUGAGCUCAUCAUUCUUAAUGUGAGUGGUAGGCGCUUCCAGACCUGGAGGACUACCUUGGAGAGGUACCCUGACACUCUGCUUGGCAGCACAGAAAAAGAGUUCUUCUUUAACGAAGACACAAAGGAAUACUUUUUCGACCGGGACCCUGAUGUCUUUAGGUGUAUCUUAAAUUUUUACAGGACUGGAAAACUGCACUACCCAAGGUAUGAAUGCAUCUCAGCCUAUGAUGAGGAGCUUGCCUUUUAUGGGAUCCUACCCGAUAUCAUUGGGGACUGCUGCUAUGAAGAGUACAAAGACAGGAAACGGGAAAAUGCUGAGCGGUUGAUGGAUGACAGUGACUCCGAAAAUAAGCAAGAGUCUAUGCCAGCUCUGAGCUUCCGGCAGACCAUGUGGCGAGCCUUCGAGAACCCCCAUACCAGCACCUUAGCCUUAGUCUUUUACUAUGUCACCGGCUUCUUUAUUGCUGUCUCUGUGAUCACCAAUGUGGUGGAGACUGUACCAUGUGGAACAAUCCCUGGCAAUAAGGAACUGCCAUGUGGAGAAAGGUACGAAAUGGCUUUUUUCUGCUUGGACACAGCUUGCGUUAUGAUUUUUACAGUUGAAUACCUUAUGCGACUCUUUGCGGCUCCCAGUCGCUACAGGUUCAUCAGGAGUGUAAUGAGCAUCAUCGAUGUGGUGGCCAUUAUGCCGUACUACAUUGGCUUGGUGAUGACAGACAACGAAGAUGUCAGUGGAGCCUUUGUGACUCUGAGGGUUUUCAGGGUGUUCCGGAUUUUCAAGUUCUCCCGUCAUUCCCAAGGCUUGCGAAUCCUGGGGUACACACUGAAGAGCUGUGCCUCAGAGCUUGGUUUUCUUCUAUUUUCUCUCACUAUGGCAAUCAUCAUCUUUGCUACUGUGAUGUUUUAUGCAGAGAAAGGAUCUUCAGCCAGCAAGUUCACCAGCAUCCCAGCUUCUUUUUGGUACACUAUUGUCACCAUGACAACUCUUGGUUAUGGAGACAUGGUGCCCAAAACGAUUGCUGGCAAGAUAUUUGGCUCCAUUUGCUCCCUGAGUGGGGUGCUUGUCAUUGCUCUCCCAGUCCCAGUUAUUGUUUCCAACUUCAGCCGGAUCUACCAUCAGAAUCAAAGAGCUGACAAGCGACGAGCACAAAAGAAAGCCCGGCUGGCCAGGAUCCGUGUGGCCAAGACUGGCAGCUCCAACGCCUACCUUCACAGUAAGCGCAAUGGCCUCCUUAAUGAAGCCCUGGAGUUGACGUCCUCUUGGUACUGCUCUUCUCCAUUUUUGGUUCAGCAACAUGGCUUGGGCCAGAACUGGGUGGAAGGAUUAGGGCCUCUUCUCACACUACAAUUUAACAAGGGAUCUAUGAAAGAUGAACACAACAUCAGCAAAGCCACUUCUAUAAUUGAAAGUCAGCAUCACCACCUACUGCACUGCUUGGAAAAAACAACUGGAUUGUCCUAUCUUGGGGAUGAUCCCCUGUUAUCUGUACGAACUUCCACCUUCAAGAACCAUGAGUUCAUUGACGAGCAGAUGUUUGAGCAGAACUGUCUGGAGAGCUCGAUGCAGAAUUACCCAUCCAGCCGCAGCCCCUCCCUUUCGAGCCACCAAGGCCUGAGCACCUCCUGCUGUUCCCGCCGCAGCAAGAAGACAACCCACCUCCCUAAUUCCAGUGUGCCAGCGACCCGGCUGCGGAGCAUGCAAGAGCUCAGCACCAUACACAUCCAGUGCAGUGAGCAGCCCUCACUUACAACAAGUCGAUCCAGCCUAAAUAUGAAAUCAGACGAUGGGCUGAGACCGAACUGCAAAGCCUCCCAAAUAACCACAGCAAUCAUCAGCAUCCCGACGCCUCCAGCACUGACCCCAGAAGGCGAAAGCAGGCCUGCCCCAUCCAGCCCCGGCCACUCAACGAACAUUACCGCUACGAGCAGCAACAUUGUCAAGGUGUCAGCUUUGUAAGGCUGUGUGGGUCAAAGGAGGCUGCUUGGAAGGCCGGCGUUUCUCUCCCUUUCCCCACCUCCAUGUUCCUCCUUUGCUGCAAAUUGUGCCUAGAUGAGUGGCUGGGUGGACAGCUAGACCAACCUGACCGGCAUCUAAGAAUUAACUGCGGGAGCCUGGCAAGGCAGCUUCCUUCAAACUCACGUUCAUGCUGCAGAGUGAGCUCAGAAGAACUGGGAAGCUAGAAGGGGCUGGCUAGAAGGAGCUCUCUUUUGUCUGUCAACAAGAAGAAGCAAUGUUCCCGGAUGUGGGGCAUAGAAGAGUUUCCAGAAAGUGGAAGAGACGUCCUGUCAUAGCUACGAGAAAGUCAAUAAAGAAGCAGAAUUAUAACACUGUGUAUCUCAGCACCUUUUCAAUGGUUUUUAAUGGAUAAUAUUUAUUCAUGAGGAUAUGACUGAAAAAGGUGAUUAGAAAAAAAAAACGGAUUUUGUGAUUAUUAUUAUUAUUAUUUCCUUCAUGCAGCAGGAUCUUUUAAUCAACCAAAAGUACACAUUUGCUUUCUUUUAUAGCUGAAGGUUUUAGGCAAAAAAAAAAAAAAAGCCACCUUGUCACGAGAAUUUGGUUUUCAUUCUUUUGUGAGUGCGUGUGUGGGUGAGAGCAAGCAAGAGGAUUCGUGAAACUUGGCACACUCCGACUACAAAAGAUCUGAGCACACUUUCCUGUUUCUGGGCUCAACCCUGCAAAGACGUACCAUCUGCAUGGUCCACGACAAGCUUUAAGUAGUGCCUGUAGAGCCAGGGGUUCUACUCACUGUGUACCCUUUUCUUGCAUGAGUGUGUCUUUGCAGGCUUCAGCCUUUAGUGCGCAGUAGCAAAAAUAGAGACCUGCAUGCAGUCACACACACACAAGCACCAAUAAAACUCUCAUUGUGGAUGGCAUUCUUUCUUAAGACAGGGUUUUGUUUUUUUCUGUAAUUGCCUUUUAAUUCAACACAAAUUGCAGUUGCAAACAGUGUAUUUGUCUGCUAAUUAUUGUAUGUGCUGGGGGGGGAGGGAAUAUUUGUUGGGGGAAAGACAGGCAUUUGUAGUCCACCACAAUUUUCUGCUUUUAAAAAAAUUAUUUUGUUACCACUGGCUUGUAAAGAGUGUGACUAGAAUAACCAGUUCUGUAUUUUUUAAAAAGUCUAAAGAAGUAAGCCUAGGGGGGAUUUUAUUUUUUAAUCUUGUACACACGAGUUUCAAAGAGGGCAAAAUCAGUCAAAGCAACUGCGCCAGAUGUUCAGAAAUACUCUGUAAUCUAUGCCCAUGCUUUCUUUCUUUUUUCUGUUUUAUAUGUGUUUAUUUAAUAGUAUUGGAAGUGUCUCCCAUUGUAUAUAGUAGCCAGAUAGUCAGUGGAAACUGUCCUUGGUAGGAUUACUUCAGGAGCCAACUGUUUUGCAUGGACUGAUAGUGUGUUUCAUUUUGUAAUACAGUCCUGUGGCUCUUAGUGACAGUCUCUGGGUUGCAUCAGUUUGAUGGAUAAAGCAAUUUAACAAUAUUUGACUUUCCCUUGUUAAAGCAUCAUUUCCUGCCAAAGAGGAGGAUCGCUUCUAGAUUGUUGGGAUCUACUUUAUAUUAGAGUACCAUUUCUAAGCAAUUUAUAAAACACUGUUAAUAGAUGGUUAAAUAUGUUUCAGAAAUAGUUCACCAAUUGUUAAAAUAUUGUUAUACUGUUUAGAAAGCGUAGGACUGUGAGUCAUAACCAGCUAUAAGGUUUUAUACCGAUGUUCUCAUAAUGUACCUCCCCUGGGUGCAAACCUGUGGGACUUCUAUCCAUGUCAACAAGGCUUACAAUAAUACAGAGCUCUGUGGAUUGUG